UGUUCGCAAAUAAGGGGUAGGGAAGAGUAUUGUUUAGCGUGACGAAAUAUGACAAGGGGAAGGGGGGUCUAUGUAAAUGUGACGUUUGCAUUUCAUCAAUUUUAUUUUAAUGUUUUUCUUAACUUGACAAUUCUUAAAAUUUUUCAUCACGAAAGAAAAUCAUUGUCAUUGCUCUUUUUAAUCACAUGAAAUCAUGUAUAGGGGGGUCGGAUUGGCUUGUUGUGAAGUAGGGGCGUCACUGAAAGUGUGACCAAGGGGGUGGGAAGGGUCUAAAAAGGUGAAAUUUUGAGUGACGUAUUUUAUUAACCACUCCAUAUAUGUAAAUAGUUUAUACAUACAUCUCCAAAAAUAAUAACUUCCUACCUGAACUUACUGAAAUAGGCUAAGAGAGUUUCAUUACCAAUUUUGCACAUAUUGAACUGUUAUGAAAAUUAAUGAAAUUAUUCACAGCAUCUAUUAUAAGCUACUGACUUGUAUUCCUAAAAUAGCAAACUCUACCUAUACAUAUAAUAUUAUUAUAGUCAGAGGUCAAAAUGUAGGCGUUCCGCGGAAUAACUGAUCUAUCCUAUGCUUUGAGUGCUAACGCCUUUAGACAAAACCCGAUACUAAGAUAAAAUUUCAAGUACUACUUUUAUACAAUGCAUAAUGUUUUCUUAAUUUUAUUUAAUCAAUUUUCACAUUUUUAAUAACUCAGCUUUAGCAAGAAUGAAUAUAAUUCUGAUUAUUGUGCUAUAAACUGCUGUUGCUAUAAUGGUAUUCCAUCAAUUUAACUGUACGGUGGGCUAUGUUAUUGUCAUCCUUCAAAUUUUAACUAACAGUAAACCCUAAUUGAAACGUUCGUUUCACAAAAGAAAUCCUUCUCGAAAAAAACAAAAGAUUUUGAUUCUGAAAGAAUCUAUUAUAUGAAAAAAGUAGACAUUAAAAGAAACUGAAUUUUGAUGAAUAUGACUCGAACAAUUUCAAUGCAUUUAAGCCCCUGAGAGAAUGAAAAUUCAAAAAAAUAACUAUCCCAGCCCCUAGUAACCAUACAUAUACAUGUCUAAUACAUGACAUUGAAAGUUCAAACGACCCAAUGCGGGGCCCCACGUUCCUCCACAUUUUGAUCAAUAAGGAUUCCAGUAGGCGCACGAAUUCUCCGGAAUAUUCCCGCUAAUAUAUAUAAAUGCCGGCAUCAGCAAGUGGUUCAACACGUUCACUAUUAAGAAGUUGUUCAAUCCGUUUCGAGUGAGCAGAAGCAAUAAUUAAUUAAAACAACAAUAGUGUGUAUUUUAUAUCCAACGUGAAACAAGAAGUACAUAUUACAAACUAAAAUGUCAUUAAUACCUUGGCAUACAACUGCUCCAUCAAGAGCUCUAGAUCCAUAUUUUGGCCUCCGUUUGGAUGAUGAUGAUCUUUUGGCUCCUUUAACACUGGCACCAUGGGAAACACGGGCACCGUGGCACAGAAGAUGGCCGCUGCGAUCUUAUUACAAUUGGGAAUCUCUGCUACCUACAGAUACUGGAUCCACCAUAAAAGAGGACAAAGACAGAUUCCAGCUGGACAUCGAUGUCCAACACUUCAAGCCUGAAGAAAUUAAAGUUACAUCAUCCGGAAACACACUGACCGUUGAAGGUAAACACGAAGAAAAACCUGACGAACACGGAUACAUUUCGCGUCACUUUGUGAGAAGGUAUGCCCUUCCAGAAGAUCACGACUUAAGUCAGGUACAAUCGCACUUAUCAUCUGAUGGUGUUUUGACCAUUAUUGCACCAAAGGUACCCGAUGAUGGUAAUGCGGCAAGAAGUAUACCAAUUCAACAUACAGGAAAACCAAAAAGAGCAAUCAGUUUCAAGUAAUUUUUUCCUGCAUUAGUGAUAUCAAUAGGUUGUACUUUUUAAUAAUCGUAAGCGAUUGAUUUUCGUUAUAUUUGAUGCAUAUUUUUCAACAGCGUAAUUUGUAAAUAUUUCUGAUGUAUUGAUUUCUUGUAAUUGUUUCGCUUAUGAAAUAAAUAUUUUUCAAUUAUUUGAUACUUUA